GGGGCGGCGCCUGGCCCGGCAGGGCCGCGCCGGCUGAGGGGCGUCCAUGGCACGCGGGCCCCGGCGGGGCGCGGCCGCGGCCUGAGGGCGGCCAUGUCCGGGGUGGUGCGGACCCUCAGCCGCUGCCUGCUGCCGGCCGAGGCCGGAGCCCGCGAGCGCAGGGCGGGCGCGGCGCGCGACGCGGAGCGCGAGGCCCGACGGCGCAGCCGCGACAUCGACGCGCUGCUGGCCCGCGAGCGGCGCGCGGUGCGGCGGCUGGUCAAGAUCCUGCUGCUGGGCGCCGGCGAGAGCGGCAAGUCCACCUUCCUCAAGCAGAUGCGCAUCAUCCACGGCCGCGAGUUCGACCAGAAGGCGCUGCUGGAGUUCCGCGACACCAUCUUCGACAACAUCCUCAAGGUGACGCGCGGCCCCGCCCACACACACCUGGCCCAGGGCUCAAGAGUGCUUGUGGAUGCUCGCGACAAGCUCGGUAUUCCCUGGCAGCACUCUGAGAACGAGAAGCACGGGAUGUUUCUGAUGGCCUUCGAGAACAAGGCAGGGCUGCCUGUGGAGCCUGCCACCUUCCAGCUCUACGUGCCAGCCCUGAGUGCACUCUGGAGGGACUCCGGGAUCAGGGAAGCCUUCAGCCGCAGGAGCGAGUUCCAGCUGGGUGAAUCAGUGAAGUACUUCCUAGAUAACUUAGACCGGAUUGGCCAGCUGAACUACUUCCCCAGUAAGCAAGACAUCCUGCUGGCCAGAAAGGCCACCAAGGGAAUCGUGGAACAUGACUUCGUUAUAAAGAAAAUCCCAUUUAAGAUGGUGGAUGUGGGUGGCCAGAGGUCGCAGCGUCAGAAGUGGUUUCAGUGCUUCGACGGGAUCACGUCCAUCCUGUUCAUGGUGUCCUCAAGUGAGUACGACCAGGUGCUCAUGGAGGACAGGCGCACCAACCGGCUGGUGGAGUCCAUGAACAUCUUCGAGACCAUCGUCAACAACAAGCUCUUCUUCAACGUCUCCAUCAUCCUCUUCCUCAACAAGAUGGACCUCCUGGUGGAGAAGGUGCGGUCGGUGAGCAUCAAGAAGCACUUCCCGGAUUUCAAGGGCGACCCGCACCAGCUGGAGGACGUGCAGCGCUAUCUGGUGCAGUGCUUCGACCGGAAGCGCCGGAACCGCAGCAAGCCCCUGUUCCACCACUUCACCACUGCCAUCGACACGGAGAACAUCCGCUUCGUGUUUCACGCCGUGAAGGACACGAUCCUGCAGGAGAACCUGAAGGACAUCAUGCUGCAGUGAGAGGCAGCCCGCGCCGUGGCCACGUGUCUCUGGUGUGUCUGUCACCUGCACGGACCCGCAGUGGGCAUCUCGAAUCCACACCAUCCAACCCCUGGCUCAAGACCGCUGGCCUACCAGCCAAGCAGCGAGCUCCAGGCAAGAGGCCGUGGGAGUGUCAGUGACCGCUACUGAAUCCGGGGACUGUGAAACUACUGAGUCCACACCACUGCUCCGGUGCUGAUCCGCAGAACCUGGUGACACAGCUUUCUUCCUCCUUACAGAAACUGUUACUUGCUGACAUAGCUUAACCAAGGUUCCGGUGUGCACAGGUGCGCGUGCUCAUUAAUGACAAACACAAACCCAGCUGGCCUUGCAGAUAGCUCUUCCCUCUGACUUGCAGUUCCUCACUGAGACACACUAACUCAGAAGCUUGGCCUCUCGUUAGGCUGUAGAGGGGUGUGUGAUGCUGCUAGGCUCAGCGUGUCCAGGCUCGGGCCACAGCGCCACCUCCCAAAGUGAACACACUGCCUUUAAAAUUGUGCCAACACCCUCAGAGUCCCCACUCCAGGCCUAUCAGGAUAAGCCAAGGAGCCAAGCUGGGUGUCCCCACUUCCUGCUGUAGAGAGCAGGGUGGGAGCUGUGAGCCUGCCUUAAUGCCGAGCAGCCCCUCCCCUUGUCUGCGUGCCCGGCGGGCCACAGUGUGAGAGGUGGCCUGCGGAGCGGCUGCGGCGAGCCUGUGUAAACACAGUGGUGCUCUCUCCUUCCCCACCCCUCCACAGUCAGUGGCAAAGACAUAACCAAGUGGCCUUGUAGGUGGCUCCUAUGCCUUACUUGACAGUUGGUGGCAUGUGGCAUCCCCUGUCUUGGGCUCUGGAAGUGGGCUCUCUUCAUGCCUUGGCUGCUUGCUGGGCCCCAGCCACUGGCCCUUCAGGAGAAGCCCUGGGCUUUGCACGCCGCCCUUCACCGUUGCCUGCCUUCGCACAGUGAGCUCUGCUGUCAGGAGUUGCUGGCAGGCUGCUGUGCACACAAACCCAGUAGGUGCCCUCAGAGCUUGGGUCCAAGAGGGUGCAGAAGGCCGGGGACAGCCGCACAACCUGCUAAGCCUCGGCCUGGCCAGCUUCCUGGCAGGUGUCACACUUUUCCAGUAUGUUUCAUUCCGGACCAGCCCCUCUGUACAUUAAUAACUCUCUGGGGCUGGGGUGGGCCUUAUCACUGUGUAGCCUUUGAAACAAAAGACAGUCUCUGGUCCCAGAGUGUUCUUUGGCUCACUGACACAUCCAAGGGCCCUGUCUGCAGCCACCCUGCUCCCGACGCUUGGUCCCUGUUGCACCCUGGUCUUGGCUCCUUUCAGCCACCUGAUACAUAGGAUUCUUGGAGCAGAUGCUGAGCCAGGAGACGGGGGCUGCUUCUGCAUUCCCUAUUACUGCCGGGCUCUGACUAGCAAAUAGGCAUCAGUCUCUCUCUGUCUCUGUCUCUGUCUCUCUCUUCUGUGCUCAAGGCUUUAGAUCAGCACAUGCUGAGCUUUUCUUUGGGAAGAAAGCAGCCAUUCUGCCUGCUUCACCAAGCCUUCACAAGCUGAGGGGAUGUGUCUAGGUUAGUGCCAAGGACCAACAACCUUCUGAGGCUCCUGGGGGUCUCAGAUCCAUACAUAGUGGGCAUCCCUUGCCAGGUGCCCCAUGUAUCUCAGUCAGUGCCAAGACCCCAAGGGCACAAGCUGUUCCUAGCCACUGUUGGGGCUCUGUGACUGAGGUGAGUGUGGGGUUUCAGGGAGAGCGCUGUCCCUCUGACAGCCUGUCACCCGCAGUCCCGUACAGCAUGUGAGCAGCGAGAGGUGAACUUGCAGCUGGCUGAGCAGAAACCGGUGGGUGUCCAGAGGCCCAGCGCCCUAGCAAGCUGAGCCUGCGUGUCCUCCCUGUUAGGAGACCACCCCCCUCUGUGAUCCGUGUCCUCCCUGUUAGGAGACCCCCUCUGUGAUCCGUGAAGUGGUGCAAUUGGAAAAGGAGAUAGUGUGUGAGAGGUGAGGCUGGGGUCAUUUACAAGUUUCUACACAUAGAUGGUAGGUUUGUCUCCCAGACCUUAGGCUUUUGUAUUUUUUUUUUUUUAAUUUUAAUUUCACUGUUACCCUUGACUAUUGUCCUUUUUGUUGCAGUGUUGGAGAAGCAGGAAGUAUUUUUGCCUCAUCUAUUACUGCAAAAAAAUAAAUGUAACAAUAAACUUCCUAAAAAUCA